AUGGGCAUUGUGAAAUUGCCAUCUGACAAAGACUAUUGGAGCACAGCAUUCCGAUACGCCAAAAUAGCCGACGUGAUGUCCCUCAAAAGGUUUCAACAGAUUAAACGUUUCAUCCAUUUCGCCGAUGUUGACGAAUUUGACACGACAGACCCGUAUCAAAAAAUAUCACCAAUUCUUGAAAAAAUCCGAACUAGAUGCUUAUCUGUCGAAGAAGAAAACGCGUUUAGUAUAGAUGAAAUGGUAAUUCCAUACAAGGGGAAAAAAGCCGGUAGUAAGCGCCAAUACAACCCUAAAAAACCUCGCAAGUGGGGAUUUAAAAACAUUGUUCGUGCUGGAGCAUCCGGCAUCGUUUAUGAUUUCAUGAUUUAUGCUGGCGAUGACACAUUUAGAACUUCAACUUUUACUGACGAGGAAGAAAAUUUAGGUGUUGGUGCCAAAAUGGUUCUUGCGUUGUGCAAAACGAUUAAGAGUCGCGCGUGCGUUGUAUAUUUCGACAACUAUUUUACUUCGCUCGAACUUGUAUAUAUUUUACGAGAAAAUUACGGCAUUUUUAGUCUAGGUACUGUCCGAACAAACCGACUGAAAGAUGCCAAUAAGUUUUUGACGUCAGACAAGGCACUGAAAAAUAAGGGACGAGGUUCAUCAUGCCAAGUGGUAUGUAACGACAACAAACUUGCUGUAGUGAAAUGGUUUGACAACAAAGCUGUAACGUUGUGGAAACGCAUCAGAUAUAAACUGCCUCAGCUGCCUCCAGACCCCCAAGAGACCUUUGUAAUGUCACGUAGUGUAUUACACUGA